CUUAGUUGAUGUAUAUACUAUAAAGUUAAUACUAAUUUAACAUUUUUUAUUAUUGUGUAUCGUCUGUCAAAUUAAUAGUUGUUUGUUAUGCGCUUAACGUAAUUUAUUAUAUUUUUCGAAUUUUAAUAUUUUCCUUGGGUAAUAUUCAAAUGUAGUUAGUCAGGCCUAAACAAGCAUACCUUCAUUCUAUUGAUUUAUACUGGCGUUUAAUAAUACCUACAAUUAAGUGUACUUUAUUAUGCGUGUUGUUGAUUUAUAGAAAAGUGUUGAAGUUAAGUUAUUAAAGUUAAAACACUAUGGGUAAAAAAGCACCAAAAAUGAAGAGUAUUACUAAAAGCAAGACGAAGACUCACAAGCAGAAAGUAAAAUCUCAUAAGAAAAACAAAAACAUUUCCAAACCGAAGUAUCGGACAAAACAGCGUUCAGAGAGCCAAGACAAAUUUAAAAAACCAGAGGCACCUCUUACUGACUAUUUGGUUCACAAAUCAAAUUACAUUGCUGUUCGGUUUAUAUUUGAAUGCGGUAUUAAACUGGGUCUAAAACAUAUAACUAUAUGCUCAGCUGCAGUUUACUUCCAAAAGUUUUAUAAACAUGUUGAUGAAAACACAUAUGACAAUUAUUCUAUAGCUAGUGCAACUUUAUAUUUGGCUAGUAAAGUACAUGAUGAAACCGCCAGACUUCGGGAUUUGAUAAAUGUGUGUUAUCACACAUUACAUAGAGAUGCGGCUCCAUUGCGUUUAGCUGAAGAUUAUUGGAACUUCCGGGACUCCAUUGUGCACGCUGAAAUGUUAAUCAUGAGAAUAUUGCAAUUUGACACAACUUUUAAUCAUCCACACAACUAUUUUUUGCACUACGUUCAAACUCUACGUCCAGUUUUCUAUUCCAAACAUGGGAAGGAUAUCAUUGUAUUUAAAAAAGCAUAUGAUUUCUUACACGAUUUUUAUCAUAAUAGUGAUAUUCUCCAGUAUAAAGCACAGCAUAUUGCAAUUGCUUGUAUUGAACUAGCGAUCAAAGUUUAUGGCAUUCCAUCUCAAAUAAUUGAUUAUGAAAUUCAACCAUGGUAUCAGCAAUUAUUUGCCAAAAAACCUUAUUAUAUUGUCUACAAAAUAUGAGCAAAAAUUAAAUGUAUGAAAGAUCAUUGGAAUUUGAGAACAAUUAAUUGAUGUGUAUAUUUUAGCUGAUUUUUAAAAGGAUACCAAUCAUUUUGAAGUGAUAUGCCUCUACUGUCUGUUUCAACAUAGCAGGGCUAUUGAUGUUUAGUCAUAUUUUAAUUACUAUAGAACAUACUGUUGACAUAUUAUACAGGGUCAUUUAAUUUAAGGACAUUUGGUUAAUUUUGUGUUUGAAAAAAUGUGUUAAUAUUUAGGACGUCUUAGGAUAUUGCUUAAAAAUGUUUUAUUAUCCUUGAACGUUCCAAAAGAUAAAGUUGUUAAAGUUUGAGAAAAAGUAUGGUUUUAAAUAUAUUUAAAAAAAUAAAGGUUCACAUAUUUUAUGUCUUACUAAAAAUUAAUG